AUGGACGGUUCGGUCACGAUAGAGGAAAAGGGGGCUUCUGACGCUGGCGUCUUCACAGACAAUCGGAUAGACAGGCGGGGGGGAAAAUUCACAUGGGCUUUUUGGCAACCUCGUAUUUCUCGGGAUUUCUCCGUGGCCAUCAACGCCACAUAUGCAACCUCUAAACGGGCAGUCUCCCGACUGGCAGAUAUUAUGCUGGGCGACAGAGUCCGCACAGCUGGUAUGGGAUCGGAAACCGGAAAGACGGUUUCUUCCAAUCGCUUCUCAGCCACCAACCAUGAUCUCACCAACAACGGGUUGCGCCCUAUGGGUCUUUGUGUGUGUCAGGUACCUACCACCUUCUCAGCUGUGCCUGCUUUUACGGACACAUGCAUUUCAACCCGAUGACCGCGACCUGGCUCACGGGAUCGGGUUUUCCUUUUCAGCGUUGCAUGAUUCCCCCCCACGAAAUCUAACAGCCGAGUCGGGUUCUCCGCGCCAAUCUUUUUUCUUGAUGAUGUCUGUCUCGCCUUGUUCUUUUCUCCUGCAGACCACACACACACACACGUCUCUGUCUGUAUGUUUCACAAUGCAACAAGAAGUUAACCAAACCCGAGUCCGCGGGCCAUAUUUACCGUUUCCUCUUUUCCAUUUUGGCCCUAUCAAUCAAUCAACAUCAGCCGACGCAGCAGACCGGUAACUCUACCAAUUGGCAGAGCAGGUACGUGGCAAACGUUGGAGACCUUGUAUGUUUUGAAGAAGCAAUCGCACCCUCCUCGUAUAAGGUCUCUGACGAUAACAAUCGCCAACCAUCAAAUCGAUUUGACAAGGUUAUGGUUUGGAUAACCAGGGUUGUGGUGAGAGUUGAAGCUGGGUUGGGCAUCAUGUUGUGCAAUUUUCUUUACUUUGACAUUGUCAUCCAGUCCCGUGAGGGAAAGCUGACUUGAGACUUUUAGGUCGUCAUUCUACACUCGGAUAGGCAGGUAGCUGUCAUCCACUGGCUGCCCGGCUUACCUGCGUCAUCUCGUAUCACGCUUGCUACACAAACACGUACCUCACUUUGGAACCACCCGGGUUAGCUAUAGUUCAGGUCAGGAACUCGAAGUGAUGGAGACCUUGCCACGAUACCUGUCUGUGGUUUGUGAAGGCGGGCGUAACUCCAGGGCCAACAACAUCUGAAAUCGAACGCUCGAGACUUUUUUGUUCAACAAAAGCUCACAUCUGAUGAUUUAUCGGGGAAGUCUACCCGGAAUAAUCAACAGCACAGCCGCUUCGCAUCCUGAUGAUGAUGACGACGAAGACGACCCAAAGGUGCACUUUCCGGGCGAUCUGUUCCUGACUUUCUUUCGGCAACUGCUUUUACGGGGGAUGCCUACUGCCGAAGGUUGGACAAGCCAAAACGUGCGUCAUGGAGGAAGCCGGUCAUUCCUGAGAGAGAGGAGUAGGUGUGCCACUCGAUUCUGACUGCGUAAGUCUCCUUGGCUAGACGACUAUUGUGUCUGUCUUGCCUGUCUUGUUGAUGGGGCGGGAGUAACGAUGUUACUCCUCGGGAGGCUUGGCAUCAUGGAGUUUAGACUGAAAAGGGGGGAGAGUUACCCCUGGGAAGGGGUGUGGACCCUAACCCUGGUUGGCCUCAGAGUGAGUGCUUGAGGUAGGGAGGUGGGUUGACUCAGGUCUGUCAUCAUUUAGGAGAAUAAUGUAUCAUAAUAGUUGGGAAUAUUGUUGGUGUCGUCUAAAAGGGUUUAUUACAUUUAAGUCAGAUGGCUAGGUAGAUAGCCCCGAGGUUGAUGCUGCAAUGACGAGCUAUAAACAGCCAAUCACUCGGUGACCU